UAAUUGCUGACACCUCAGAUCCAAAUCCAAAUAAACUACGAAACAAAACAAAAUUCCAAAGUGAAGAAGUCCAACAAGAGUUCCCAAACACACAGCUUUCUUCAUCCCCAUCACAUUUAUUUCAUCAAGAAUUCAUUCAAAUCCAUUUUUGGAUAAUUAAAUUUACACACGCACACACAUACAUAUAGAUACACUGAUUUACGGGGGGUUGAGAUGGGAUCACUGAAGACAGAAGAAGAAAUAGAAGGAUCAAAAGAUGCAAUUUUGUAUGUUAAUGGAGUCCAGAAAGUGCUUCCAGAUGGUUUGGCUCACUUAACACUUCUUGAAUAUCUCAGAGAUGAAGGUUUGACUGGAACUAAGCUCGGCUGUGGAGAAGGAGGUUGUGGGGCAUGCACUGUUAUGGUAUCUUAUUUCGAUCAAAAUUCAAAGAAAUGUGUGCACCAAGCAGUUAAUGCUUGCUUGGCUCCACUAUAUUCUGUUGAAGGAAUGCAUGUAAUCACAGUGGAAGGAUUAGGCAAUCGGAAACUUGGUUUGCAUCCAGUUCAGGAAUCAUUAGCCAGUCGUCACGGCUCACAAUGUGGAUUUUGUACACCUGGAUUUAUUAUGUCUAUGUAUGCAUUGUUAAGGUCUUGUAAAACCCCACCUACUGAAGACCAGAUUGAAGAAAGUCUUGCAGGAAAUUUGUGUCGAUGUACUGGUUAUAGACCGAUUCUUGAUGCAUUUCGAGUCUUUUCAAAGAGUAAUGACUUGUUAUACACAAGUGGCACGGUUUCAUCACACGAACCUAAAGAUGGGGAAUUUAUUUGCCCUUCAACUGGUGAACCAUGUUCCUGUGGGCCCAACAAUGAAACCAUCAAGCAAGCGGAUGUUUGCCAGAAUGAAUAUAAACCUGUUUCUUAUAACGAAAUUGAUGGAAGCUCAUACACAAAUAAAGAACUGAUAUUUCCACCUCAACUUAUACGGAGAAAACCAAGUUAUCUAAGCUUAAACGGAUCUGGUGGGAUCAAAUGGCAUAGGCCAUUUCUGUUAAAACAUGUAUUGGAGUUGAAAUCAAGAUACCCUGAUGCAAAAUUAGUUGUAGGAAAUACGGAAGUGGGAAUUGAAACUAGGUUUAAGAAAAUUAACUACCCAGUUUUCGUAUCGGUUACCCAUGUGCCUGAACUUAAUAUCUUGACCGUUAACGAUGAUGGCAUAGAGAUCGGUGCUGGUGUUAGGCUCUCAGUUCUUCAGAAAUUUUUCAAAGGAGUUAUUGAAGAGCGUCCCCUUUAUGAAACAUCAGUUUGUAAAGCUAUUGUUGAACAAAUAAAAUGGUUUGCAGGAACUCAAAUAAGAAAUGUUGCUUCGGUGGGUGGAAACAUAUGCACUGCCAGCCCGAUUUCAGACUUGAAUCCUCUUUGGAUGGCAUCUGGUGCAAAGUUUAGAAUUGUUGACUGCAAAGGAAACAUUAGAGAUACAUUGGCUGAAAAAUUCUUUUUGGGUUAUCGAAAAGUCGAUUUGGGGAAUAACGAGAUUCUUUUAUCGGUUUUUCUUCCUUGGACUCGUAAGUUUGAGUAUGUGAAAGAAUUUAAGCAGGCUCAUAGAAGGGAAGAUGAUAUUGCGCUUGUGAAUGCUGGAAUGCGUGUUCAUCUUGAAAAAAAUAAUCAAAAGUGGAUCAUUUCUGAUGCGAAUAUUGUGUACGGGGGUGUUGCCCCUGUUUCAUUAUCAGCUGUAAAAACUAAUGAGUAUUUAAUCGGGAAGGUAUGGAAUAAGGAACUCUUGCAGAAUGUUUUGGAAAUUUUGAGGCACGAGGUUGUGAUAUCUGAAGAUGCACCUGGUGGCAUGGUGGAGUUUCGUAAAUCUUUGACUUUAAGUUUCUUUUUCAAGUUCUUUUUGUGGGUAUCUCAUCAAAUGAAUGGUCAAGAUUUUUUUAACGAAACUGUACCCGAAUCACAUUUGUCGGCUGUUGAGUCAUUUCACCGUCCGUCUGUCAUGGGUAGUCAAGACUAUGAAGUUAUAAAACAAGGCACAUCCGUGGGGUCUCCCGAGGUUCACAUGUCAGCGAGACUUCAGGUGACAGGCGAGGCUGAGUAUACGGAUGACACACCGAUGCCGCCUGGUGGUUUGCAUGCUGCUUUAAUAUUAAGCAAGAAGCCACAUGCUCGUUUACUAUCAAUCGAUGAUUCGGGUGCUAGGUCAUCUCCUGGAUUUGCUGGUAUUUUUUUUGCCAAAGAUAUCCCGGGUGAAAAUCGUAUUGGCCCUGUUAUAUUAGACGAGGAAGUUUUUGCUUCUGAGAUCGUCACUUGUGUUGGCCAGGUUAUAGGAGUAGUUGUUGCUGACACUCAUGAAAAUGCAAAGCUUGCAGCAAGCAAAGUUGAAGUUGAGUAUGAAGUUCUGCCAGCGAUCUUAUCCAUAGAGGAUGCUGUCAAGUCUAAAAGUUUUCAUCCAAAUUCACAUAGAUUAUUAAGUAAAGGGGACGUCGACCUCUGUUUUAAGUCAGACCAAUGUCAUAGGAUCAUUGAGGGUGAAGUUCACAUUGGAGGUCAAGAACACUUCUAUCUGGAGCCACAGAGUACCUAUGUUUGGACUAUGGACGGCGGUAAUGAGGUUCACAUGAUUUCAUCAACUCAGGCACCGCAAAAGCAUCAAAAGUAUGUGUCCCACGUGCUUGGUCUCCCAAUGUCAAAAGUGGUUUGCAAGGUGAAGCGAAUUGGUGGUGGAUUUGGUGGGAAGGAGACAAGAUCUGCUUUCUUUGCUGCUGUUGCCUGUGUACCAGCAUACAUGUUGAAUCGGCCCGUGAAACUUACAUUAGACAGGGACACAGACAUGAAGACAACUGGCCAACGACAUAGCUUUCUUGGAAAAUACAAGGUUGGGUUCACAACUGAAGGAAAGGUACUUGCAUUAGAUCUUGAAAUCUACAACAAUGCUGGGAAUUCACUUGAUUUGUCUCAAGCAAUACUUGAACGCGCAAUGUAUUUUUCUCAUAAUGUCUAUGAGAUCCCACAUGUUAGAGUUAAUGGAAGUGUUUGUUUCACUAACUUUCCUAGUAAUACCGCCUUUAGAGGAUUUGGUGGACCGCAAGGUAUGCUCGUAACUGAGAAUUGGAUUCAAAGAAUUGCCAUGGAAGUUAAGAAAAGCCCUGAAGAGAUCAGAGAAAUUAAUUUCUUGAGCGACGGGUCAAUAUUACACUAUGGACAAAAAGUCGAAGAUUGCACUUUGCAUCGACUGUGGGAUGAACUCAAGAAAUCCUGCAACUUUCUGAAAGUUAGAAGCGAGGUUGAAAAGUUCAAUCUUAAUAAUCGAUGGAAGAAGCGUGGAGUUGCAAUAAUUCCAACGAUGUUUGGCAUUUCAUUUACAAUAAAGUUCAUGAACCAGGCAGGUGCACUGGUCCAAGUUUAUACGGAUGGAACUGUGUUGGUCACGCAUGGUGGUGUAGAGAUGGGUCAGGGUUUACAUACAAAAGUUGCUCAAAUUGCUGCUUCCGCCUUCGAAAUUCCUCUUAGUUCCGUAUUCAUAUCAGAGACCAGUACCGACAAGGUUCCUAAUGCAUCUCCAACAGCAGCAUCAGCUAGUUCUGAUAUGUAUGGGGCGGCAGUUUUGGAUGCAUGUAAUCAAAUUAAAGCAAGAAUGGAGCCGAUUGCAUCUUUGAAAAAACAUAGUUCUUUUAUGGAGUUGGUAAUUGCAUGCUAUCUCGAGCGUAUAGAUCUAUCUGCUCAUGGGUUUUACAUCGUCCCGGACAUUGAUUUUGACUGGAAAACUGGAAAGGGCCAUCCAUUCAGGUACUUUACAUAUGGAGCUUCAUUUGCUGAGGUAGAAAUCGACACUUUGACCGGGGAUUUCCACACGAGGUCUGCUGAUGUCAUCUUGGAUCUUGGAUUCUCCAUUAAUCCAGCCAUUGAUGUUGGACAGAUUGAAGGAGCAUUUGUGCAAGGUAUUGGGUGGCUGGCUUUGGAGGAGUUGAAAUGGGGGGAUGGUGCGCACAAAUGGAUAUCUCCAGGUUCCUUGUUCACUUCUGGUCCCGGAACUUAUAAAAUUCCAUCCGUCAAUGAUGUACCUUUCAAAUUUAAGGUUUCACUAUUGAAGGAUGCUCCAAAUGACAAGGCUGUACAUUCAUCUAAAGCGGUUGGCGAACCUCCAUUCUUUCUGGCUUCAUCCGUCUUUUUUGCGAUAAAAGAUGCGAUUAUAGCUGCAAGAGCUGAAUCAGGGUCUCAUGGGUGGUUUCCUCUUGAUAAUCCUGCAACUCCCGAGCGCAUUCGCAUGGCUUGUGCCGAUGAGUUCACCGCACCAUUUGCCAAAUCUGAUUUCCGGCCCAAACUCAGUGUUUAGUAAUUGUUGAACAAACCUGCACAAAAAGGUCCUGCAUUACAGUGUCUCUGUAUUAGUGUAGUUAUAUAGAAAUAUUGUUGAUUCAGUUCUGGCCCUGAUGAAAACUUUGUAAAAGGUUGUAGUUUCACUAAAAGGAAGGAUUAUCGAUUACACGUAACGAUGGUGUAAGAAGUCAAAUAUGUUCUUCAGAUGUCUAAAGGUAACAGAGUCUCUAAGUCAGAUUUUGUUUUAACAUAUUAAUAACACUAUUGGAUUACAUUA